AUGAGCGCGUUUCGCCAUCACGUCAUCAGUGCCCGCUAUCUCUCCAAUCUCAUCUUGUCGCGUUCUUGCGGUUGGUCUGGAAAGAGUCAGCAAGAGUCAUCUGUUCUCACGGCAGACGCUUGGGCGUCUGACUCGGGCGCCCUAUUUCGACCUCUCUUCCGUUCUUUCUCCAUCUCUGGUAUUGCCUCAAGUGAACCGGUAGCGACUACGAUGAAUCCGGGCUGGGCGACACCAAACGCGAAUCCAUGGGGUGGCUACUACCCACCCCCACAGUUCGGUCCCCCUCCCCAGCAGCCGUAUGCGGCCCAGCCGGGCUAUUGGGGUCAAGCGGGCUGGGCUCCGCCAACUGCCACUAACGCAGGAUUCUCCACGAAGUACCCUACUCUCAAUCCAGUGCUGGCAUCAGACACGACCCAAAUCCGAUACGAUGUGCGGAAGAAGGCCCGGGCCGAUGUCCCGGCACACAUCUACGCGCCAAACAGAAUGCUGUUUGCGACAGCGAGCAGCGCAAGCCAUAUACGGCUGAUAAGCAAGGCUUUCCCGUGGUCCAUAGAUAUCAUGAGUAGCACGCCGGUAACGUGCGAGGCGGUGUGGGACGCCCUCCAUGCUGGGCUCCAAGAACACAUCGCAGACUCGGAGUGGGGUAUCAUCGUCAUGGAUAAGAAACAGCGUGAAACAAUCGAGAAGGCGUGGAAGAAACGAAUCGAGAGCGAUAGUGAUACAAUGCUGAAGCGCAUUGACUGGUUGGGGAGCAACACAGUCUGCAAGGGUCUCGAUAGGAUGGAGGAGUUCACGGAGGUUCGACUAUUGCCAGGAGCGGAAGCCUGCCAUGCCUGCCAAGACACGGUCAAGAAACCCAAGCUCGAGGCCCAUUACAACAAAUGUUACUCUGGCUUUGACUGCAUCGACUGCUCCAAGUCGUUCCACAGCCCCGCCGAGUUCCGCGGGCAUACUUCCUGCAUCAGCGAGGCAGAGAAGUACGAGAAGAGCGUCUAUCGCGGACCCAGGACCGCGGGUUAUGGCAACAACAACAACAGCUGGCAAAACAACAACGGCAGGGGCGGGUGGAAUCGCUCGCCUGCGACAGGCGGGAACGAAACCCCGUUGGGGACACCCAAUCGAAUGUCGCCCGUGACCGUGCCUGGACCAGAGGCAGCCGCCGCAGCAGCUGUAGCGGACCCAAAAGCUCAGGCCAGCGUGGAGGUAGAAAGCAAGAAGGAGAAGAAAGAGAAGUCGAAAAAAGAGAAGGAAGAAAGACGGAAGGAAAAGAAAGAGAAAGCGGCUGAAAGCGCGCCUUCAACUGUGGCCGAAUCACAACCUACAAAAAAGUCGUCCAAGAAACGGAAACACGACGAAUCAGCGGCUGAAGAUGCAGUUAUAGAUGCGACGCCUGCUUCUGAACCUACGAAAAAGUCCAAGAAACGGAAAGCGGAGCCGGAAACAACGACGGUGGCGGCAGAUCCCGAUGUCUCGAAAAAAUCAUCUAAAAAGCGGAAACGCGAAGAGGCUGAGACUACUGCUGUUGUCGUUGAGCCCACCGAAAAGAAAUCAAAACAAAAGAAGCAAAAGUCAACAGAGCCGUCCGCAGACGUAUCCGCGGUAGACGAAAAAGCGGAGAAGAAGCGACGGAAGAAAGAGUUGAAGGCUCAACAAGAGGCGGCGGGGAAGCAGAGCGAUGUUGUGGCUGACGAAAAGCCCAAGAACCAGGACGAGAACGAGACGGGAACUCAGAAGAAGUCAAAGAGGAAGAAAGAUCUGGAUGGAGAGGUUGUCGACCAAGCCCCAAUACGGAAAAAGGACAAGAAAAAAUCCAAGUCCUCGACGGAGGUUUCUUGA